AUGAACAGUUCGGAAACUAAGUCUGAAACCUCAAGCCAGGCUUGGAGGAAGAAACCUCGGCAGUUCGCCCCAAAGUCCAGGCUAGGCUGUAAAACGUGCAAACCAUCAUGCCUAAAGUGUCAGUAUACAGGACGGACUUGCGAUGGCUAUGGUGUGGCGCCAUACCUUGUUGGGGUUGAGGUGAAGACGAGCCAGCAUCACUCAGAUGCUAUUGCAGCAGCGACCUACGGCUUGCCCAACCCAUCUACUGAAUUGAGUGUUCAGAAGAUAACACAUCCACGUUAUCAAAGCCACCAAAACUUGAUCAUGAAAAAUCCAGGAGCAUUGAUGUUGAUACCAGUCGAUCCAGCUCAGGCAGAAGCCAUGUCAUUUUUCGAAGUCAUCUCCGUCAAUCAUUUGAACGAAUACUACCCAAGCGAAUCAUGGCGUGAAACUCUCAUGUUCUUCUCUCAAACAACCCCAUCAGUACGACAUGCUGCUGUUGCGUUGUCCCUGAUUCACCGAAGCUACCACGAUAGCUGUUCCAGCCACUCGGAACACGGGGCAUUGUUCCAUUACAAUAAAGCCAUUCAGCUGUUUCUGGCACAGGAAAGUAGCGGCAACAUCGAAGCGAUGGUAAUUGCACUACUAGUAUGCUACCUGUUUACAAGCUUUGACAACUUAGCGGGCAAUUAUCAACGGGCCAUGAUACAUCUUCAAGGAGGAGUGAAACUCUCACGAAGCAUUCCCGAUGCCAUGCUGGACAAGAGCAACGUCUCCAGCGUGAACAUGUUUCUCAUAGAAGUUGUGAAGCAGCUGAGGCGUCUCGAUAUGCAAGCCGGUGCAUAUCUGGUCGGUUGGAACGCGGAAAAUACGCAGGAAACCCCUGAACAAGAAGCUUUGUUCCCGAACAAUGAAUUUGAUUCAGUGGAACAUGCCGCCAAUUGCCACCUGGUGUUACUUGCGCGAGCCAUGAGGUUGCAUUGGAUGGCACAAGAGGCAUUCUUCACAGAAGGCGUACCUCCCAUCGCUUCUAAACAGCUUGUCAUUGAACAACUGGAGACGUGGUCGCAACUUUUUGAACAAAUGCUAAGUACAACCAAUCACCAUGGUGUUAUUGGGAGCAGUCGUCUUGAAACGUUGUUGCGACUUCAGAAUACCGUUCUUUGGAUACUUGUUAGCAGUCUCGGACCGGGUAGAGAGAUAGAGUAUGACAAAUUCCUGCCUGAAUUUCAGCGAUGCGUCAAAAUGGUAGAUGAAGUCGCAUUUGGGCACCAGCACCAGGAAGGAUCGCCAAAACCGAGAUUUACACAGGACGUAGCUAUUAUUCCCAUUCUUUAUAUCAUUGGAGCCAAAUGUCGGGAUCCAAUUGUCCGACAAGAGGUGUUGAGAAUCCUGCGACAGCAGCGACUCCGGGAGGCAGUCUGGGACAGUGCCUUUGCUGCAAGAGCUGUGGAGAGGAUAGCAGAGAUUGAACAAGACAAAAUUGGAGGGGGAUGUAUAAAGACUAUGGAGGAAAUAGAAGUGUCGCAGAGGGUUGAGUGUGUGUCCUGGGAGCAAGUGAUCAACAACCAGGGGGCAAGACUGGAGUUGGAGUAUACACUCUGCAAACAAGAGAGAAGAUACACCGAGUCUUUGUUUGUUUAUUGA